ACUGUAAACUUUACUUAAUACAACUUACUGCCAAACACAAUUUAAGUAUUAAGUCAUUUAGUUUUAGAAUAAGUAUAUUGAUUAUCACAAAUCAUAGUGCUGUCAAAUUGUAUGUAUUGUUCUGUGUUAAUGUUAAAACCGUGAUCCACAGAAAGUGGAAACAUGAUUUUUAUUAUUUUCAUGACAACUUGCCGAGUGCUUGAGACAGUACCAGCACAGUUCUGUGUAUUAUUAUGAUAUGAACUAAGAUAUAACAACGGACUAGUCCGUGGAUAUAACUAACUACUAACUAUAAGAAAAUAAUUAUAUCAUGACAUAUAUUGUCUUUUUUAAGUUUGUACUAUUGUUAUAGAUUUCAUUUAAUUUUAUAUCAAUAACAUUAUAACAGUAAACACUAAACAGUUUGUUUUUGCCAUUCUUGGACUAAUCUUGGUACCAUCAGCUUAUGCUACUUAUAGUGAACACUUGUCACUUACUAUUCAUAGUAAAUAUUUUAACAGAUAGCAAACCAAGUAAAAAUGUCAUUGCCAAAAAAAGGGAAGGGACGUAAACGAUAUACAACAGCUACUAUUACCACCAACAACAAAGUUAUGUCCAAUGCGAUGAUCAAGUUAUUGUGCUAUCAAUCAUCAAAAGUUUCAAACGCGAAGAAUUCAAGUAACAUCCAAAUGGCUCAAAAAAAAAUUACGUCACCAAAAGCAGAAACGAGUAACUUGACUACUACCAUGAGCAAUACACGUAAAACUGCAGUAGUUCAUUUGCAAAAUCAAUCAUUAGAAGCUUCAAAUACGAAUUAUUCAAGAGACUCACAAAAGGCGAGCCGAAUAGAAAGCAAGGCAUUGCUGGAAAGAAAGAAAUGUGUGACCAAUACUAUUGGCAACAAAUUUACUGUCAACAAUACAGUUGUAAGUGGGAAUUUUUUUCGUAUUACUACUGCAGCUAUGAAUGAAAAUAAUAAAACCAUGGUUCAUAGUAUUGGUGACAAAGUUGGUUCUUAUGUUUGCCAAAUGUGCAAUAAACCUUUUAAAAAUGCUAGUAGCUUGAACGAACACAACAAAAGACACAAACUUACUGAAAAUGAAGUGCAACCAGUAUCAGACGUAAUUCGGCCACACGUGUGCAAUAUUUGUGGAUUAGCAUUUAGAAAAAUGUCUACUCUAACUGUGCACUAUAGAAUACAUACUGGGCAAAAGCCGUUUGCAUGCAAUGUUUGUGGUGAUACGUUCACAUGUUCGGCCAACCGGACGGUUCACAUGAGAACACAUACAGGAUACCGGCCAUAUGUUUGCAAAUUUUGUGGAUUUGCUUUUAAUCAAUCGCAUGUGCUGACUGAACAUGUGAGACUACAUACUGGUGAAAGGCCUUAUGAGUGUGGCCUGUGCGAGUUGGCAUUUGUGUCUAGUGGCUUACUUAGAAAGCAUACCAUACGAAAACAUAACAAACAUGCCUAGCUUUUCUAAGAUAUAUAGCUACACAUUAUAUUAAUACAACUGUACAAAAUAAAGAACAAUAAACCUAAAAUACAAAA